CUGGGCAUCGGAGAGAAGGACUCCGCGAUUGUUAUCAACGGAAAAGUGAUCAAAAUUCCAGAGAACGAGCCCUUCAUUGAGGAUGACUUCAGUCUAAUAGAGAAAUACGCGACCAAUAGUUUUGCCACUAAAAUACUCACAGAAUUGACUGACGAAGAAAAGUCUGAUCCGCAGAAGUGCAGUGAUUUAGUUCUUAGAAUUAGUUCUAUUCUGUUGUCAUUUCCACAAUCAAAGGCCAGACACGACGUGAAAUAUUUUGCCGAUAAACACAGUGUCGUUAACUUAGAGCCCAUUCGACCCGACGAGCCGUCCCUUUAUUUGGUCGCUAUUAUGGAUCCGUUAACGAGAGGAGCACAAAAAUUGGCGCCAAUAUUGGAUACUUUGCAUCAAAUAUUUAACACAAAAAUACAAAUAUUUUUCAAUUGUGUGGACAAACACUCGGAAAUGCCAUUAAAAAGCUUCUAUCGAUUUGUGAUCGAAAGCGAACCAAAAUUUUCAGAUACCGACGAAUUGAUCCAAAAUACAGCACACUUUUCAUCGGUUCCCACCUCUCCUCUACUGACUCUAGGAAUGGCUGUUCCCGACAAUUGGUUGGUUGAGUCAACACUUUCUCUCUACGAUUUAGAUAACAUCCAUUUGGAUGACGUCGAGGGCAACGGUAUAUCAGCUGAGUUC